CCUGCCUGCACUCACAGCAAAGGUAAACUUCCUUUGGCCCACAUUAUUGCCGCAUUUGUUAGCCAGAGUCAGAACCGGGCGCACCACGACGACGAGGACGCUCUGCAGCAUUUUCUUCUGUUCUCACGUGCAAUAAGGGCUAUUUUUAGUGACCGGACAUAGUGAGAGGUACUUUAAUAAGGACUUACCUUAACAAAGCCCUUGGACUUCCUGGAGACUGCAAGGAAAGUGACCCACUGACCGAAUUGGGCAGCCACUAAAAGUACUCACAAGGGUCACUUCACUCAAGGAUAUACUUUUUGGAGGGAACAAAAAAUUGUGAAAAAAAAGUGUGUAAUGGCUUUGAAUUCGGGGUGAGAUAUUUUUAUCCGCCCAAAAAAGUGACCAAGCAAUAAUUUUUAAAAAGUGUUUUAUUACUCGUACUGGAAGAUAAAUAAGAUAAGAAUAGUAGAUAACUAAAGUAGGAAAAAGUGGUUAUCCACCACCGAUAAGUGACACGGGAUAAUAAUAGAAAAAAAUCAGAAAAUAAUGACACUAUUGUCCAGUGCUGGGGGGAGAAGGGGUCCCCAUUUUUUCAGUUUUCUUCUCUUUCACACACUUCUUCUCACUCAGAUCUACUCAACUCUUGCGGAUCCAAAGUUGCAAGACGCAUCCCUUUCUUCAUGUGCAACAAAUGAGUUCAGAUGUGACUGCGGGGUUCCGAAAUGUGUAGACAAAAGCUUAGUUAAGAAUGGAGUCAAAGACUGUGAAGACGGGUCAGAUGAAGGGGAGUGGGACCCAUCGAAAUGUGCGAUUAAAAACAGGACAUCGGAAGACAUCAGAUUCAAGAGAGCCGCAAUACCAGAAUUCGGCGGUGGUGACGCGACGACAACAUUUUUCACCAAUGAACGCGCCCGCACUCGUCCGGUCGGCUUAUUGUCAACGUCUCUCGGAGCCUUCGUGACUUCCGGGACGACGACGGAAUAUCUGACAAAAGUCCUUGGCACGUAUAUUAAAGGAACUUACGCUCGGAUCGUUUCCACCUCUUCGAAAGUUUAUCACGCCGUUCCCACCGAGCAAGCCGGUGGUGGGGGUGAGGUUCGACCUACGGGAUUCAUCGCAUCCACGACAUCCACGGAGAUCAACGGUUACGCCACGACGGUUCAUUCUACAGAAUUUUACCGGACUUAUAUCGACGGAACGUACGCCCAGAUUGUCUCGAGCACUUCGAAUGUCAAGUAUCCGUCAUGGUACACUGAUCGAAUUGAGGGGAUUGAGCCAACUGCGGUGGAUCAGCUUGUAGGAAAAGUUUACUCAACGGCCCUCCUCCCAGCCGAAGUGAGGGGAAGUUUCGUCGCCCCGAAAAAUAACGUGAUUUCCUCCAAGGCCUACGCCGAAGUGGGCAUUGUUUCAGAAGAUGAGGCGAAUCCGGGCUCUUUAAAACUCCUCCGACCCAACAACAAUGCCGCGAACGAGCUCAAAGUGACCGGAACGCAUGGCAAGUUUGUCCACGCGGAUCAAGACCGUGGAGACGAGACGACUUACAACGUUUUUACGGGAAGCUACGUCCAAAAUUCGAAAACUUUCCUCUUCUUUUUUGGAAAUACGGUGAUUGAUGCGACCAAGGCUGGUUUGGGGAAUACUUCGCCUGCCACGCUGACCGUGGAGAGUGGUCGUCGACCCGGAAAUAGUGUUAUGGUGGACAUGUCGAAAAAUCUACGGGUUGUGGUACCCUCCUCAAACAGUCGGGUUAAGGUUGAUGGUUCCAUUGGAGGGGAAAGAAUGUCGGGUGUGCUGGUUGAGAUCGAGGGUUCCGAGAUUGGCGGGGAUGAAUUUAUCAGUGUUGACGGCGCACAAGAAGUGGAAGGCACACCCACGGUGGAUAUGAUCACGAUGACGUUGGGAGACACGACUCAGGAACGAGUUUCCUCCUCCUCAUCGUCCUCAUCGACUGGAAAUAAAAAUAAUAAUGACAACGAAAAUGAGAUCCCACAAGGGAGAAAGGUCCCAGAUUCGCUUAUUGCACCAUCCCGUGCCGCAGAACAGCUCAGCCUACCCACCUUCACGGUCGGGCAGCCAGACAUGGUCGGUUUGGAGCAGGAAGUCACCACCCCACACGUCGCCGACAUGUUGGUCGACUCCUCGACAAAAAAUCCUGUCCGUGUCGCUCAAGCGCCAGUCUUCCUCAAAACUACGGAACGUGCUCCACCCGCCCGUUCUACGGAUCGGAUUCGUGCCCUUGGCUACACUCAGAAGAAGACGAGCUCUUCUUCUGUUGGUGGUGCUAAUCUGAAUGGACGCUACCCCAUGCCCAAUCGAAGUCAUAGAGCAUUCUCGGGUUUCGAUGCGGAGAAAACGGCGUCAGAUUCGGAUAAUGAUUUGGCCGGGGCUGCUUCUACGGGACGAGCGACCGUGACAUAUGUGGGGUUUGCCGACUUUACAACGACGGUGGGAAACACGGUCAUUGUAUUUAUGCCGAGGACCAAGAUGAUUGAGGAUUUGAGCGUGCACGCCACAAAGACGAGGAAUGAACCGUCCUCACAACAGAUCGAGCCGACGAGAUAUGUCUACCAUACGGGAAAUGGGGAUGAAACGACGACUACCACGGAGGGAAGUCGAGAUGAGGAUCACAUCCAGUUCUCCGUGUCGCAAGUGCAAGGGAGGAAAGUUCUUGAUGAUAAGAAGAAAGCAUCUUCAUCCUCAAAACGAGUCACUUUCAGGGAUGAAGAGGAUGAAGAAACUACUACGGAAAUUAACCCAACUUCCGAGAUUUCUGGCCGAGAGACGAUCAUUCUCGGGUCAAGUAAGAGUUCGGGAGGUCAUCAAAUACCGAAAGUGAGACCAUCAUCAACUUCGUCGUUGUCAGAUAAGAGAAAUUCCCUCUUUUCCACCCCGAGGGCAAAGUUCACGCCAAAGUCGAAAGAGGCUUCAUCGUCAUCAGCUUCGCCCUCAUUCACUUCCUCCUCCGGGAAGAGUGGGCCUUAUCAGACCGCGGUAACCUCUGUGUUCCAAACCGAUAUCCUCAACCCGACCGGACUUGUCACCUCGGUGGACGGAACUAUUGUCAGAGAUGGAAAAACGACCCUUUACACGUCCCUCGUUUAUGGCACAUUUAUUGGGAAGAGUUACGCUCAAGUGAUCAAGAGUACGAGCCGUGUCGUUAAAGCGGCCGUGUCAUCCUCCGUUCUUCCAACCAGGUCAACCAUCCGACCCACGAGUGUGGCCAAGUUGCCAAAAUCCAGUCCAAAAUCCGUUGCUCCGAUUUACUACGAGUUCUCCACCACGACGCAGAGCAGCACGGAUAAUGGUGACGAUGUAGAGACGACUACAGCUGGAAAUGAUGUGGAUAGGAUGGAGGUCACCGUGUCAUCCACGACGCCGAGGUCAAAGGAGGUGGAUGACGAUAUUGAUGAUGAUCUUCCCACCACCACGGUUCGACUGGAAGAUUCCUUCGAUGACGACGACAUUACGACAACGACAGAGUUUUCCGAGGCGGAAAAUGAAAUUGGGAGAAAGCGAAAGGUCGCUGGCAAUGCGAAGGACCAAAUUAUCGUUGAUCUUGAAGCCUCCCCAGUUCCAUCAGGGCAAGAUGAACAAGAUCAAACCGUCUAUGUGACAAGGACCCUGCCCACAACUGUUUUCCGAACUUGGACCUACUUUACCACAUUUUUCAUCCCAGAAGAGGGAUCUACUUCGACGAAAAUAGUUUCGCGAGAAGUCACCUCGAGUGCGGUUGGAUUGGUCAGAAAAACUUUCACCAAUCUCGUCGUCCCCACGAGCAGUAGUACACUUGAGGAUGAUGAAGAGGCCACCAAACCCUCAGCCGUGGUAACCAAACCAAAGCGGAUCAGGGGCAAGGAUGGCGGUGCACAGGCUCAGGUCAUUUACAAGACGCUCUUUACGACAUACACUUACCUAACAACAUUUUUUAGUGGGCAAACAUCUAGCGUAGCGUCACGAGAGGAAACAGUCUCCAACAUUGUAACAGUAACUUCCUCGCAAGGAAUAGCUCUCACAAAAUCUUUCGCGACUGACUCGACCAUCACGCCAACGUCGUCAUCUUCAACCGUAGCCAGAUCCCGAUAUAAGACGAUUGCACCCCGUCUCAGCAGCACCAACUCGAUCAACACUCCAAACCUGGGGGCGUCAUCCUCCUCAAUCCGUACUCGAGGACGUGCCUCCACAAUUCUUCGUCAAAAGGUUGUCCCCUCCUCCUCCACUACGGAAGAAGUGGACGAUGAUAACCGGGCUACGGACGAAAUUGAGUAUCAGUCCGUCACGAAAACGCUGCUCCGAACUUUUUUCACUACAUUCACUUUUGUAACUACAUUGUUUGGAGAGGACACUUCGAUCAAGUCGAGAACCGAAAUUAUCACAAAUGUGGUCCCAUAUGUGACCAAGACCUUAGCGCCAAUCACACCCAGUUCUGUCCCAACGGCACCACCGAUUAGUGACGAGUAUGACGAAGGGGAAGAAAGUAUAUCGGCGUCAUCCUCAUUUAAAAUGUCCAAUAAUCCAAAGAGCAAGGUGAAGGAGACCACUUUUUACACGACGUAUACUUAUUUAUCGAGUAUUUUUAAAGGAAAAACUUCCACCGUCAAGACGUCGAAACAAACGUACACCAACAUUCUCGUCGCAGAUGCCACGAUCCGAUCCGGAUAUGUGGAGCCGAUCGCACCCACUCAAUUAUCGGGACGAUCAGUCUCCUCAGCAUCGUCAGCGACAACGCGCACUCCUAAAUUCGUUACGAAUGAGAUUGACAGUGUGGACGCGGAUGUCACUGUGACUACCCAAAAUCCCGACCAGUACGAGCUCGAGGGAUCUGAAGAUAUCGGCAUCACUACGACACGACCAGAUUCUUACGACGAUAAGGACGAUGAUGAUGUAAACGAUGUCAUCGCCAAGUCGAAAACCCCUCUGCUCAAAACCCUGUAUACUACAUAUAGUUUUUACACUACAUACUACAAGGGAGGUUCCUCCACUGUGAGUUCGCGACUAGAAACCAAAAGCCAAGUGGUCACAGACACGGCUGGACUUGGUGACGAUGAGGAUGACGAGGUCAGUGUGAAGGCACCACUCCUCUCCACGAUCGACCCCAUUUAUCCGGUAACCUACUUCACUACUCUGACUUAUUGGACUACCAGUUUUAAGGAUGGGAACAGUAUUGUGACCUCGCGAGAGGAAACGGUCACCAAUGUCGUCACUCCAGAUCCGGGAGCUUCCUUGUCGCCAAGUUCGACAGAGGUGAACGAGAUUGUCCCGACAUCUUCAGCGGCUCAGGAGGUCGAGCUGACCACGUUCUUUACAACCUACACGUAUUUUACAAGCUCAUAUCUUGGCGAGAAAACUGUUAUCAACUCGCGCCUCGAAACGGUCACGAACGUAAUUACGGGAACGGUCAGCCCAACAUCGACUCAAACAGCACGCGCCAUCGGUGGCACGGCCAAACCUGGAGAGCAAAAAGUCACCGGAAAUGACAAGGACGAAUACGAAGAUUACGCGACUGGUCUGCUCUCAACCAUCGUGUCCACUUCUGUCCACGAUGGAACGACAACGCUGUACUCGACCGACGUCUUUGGCACUUUGAUUGAUGGAAUUUACGCACAAGUUUUAGAAUCCACGUCAAAGGUCGUCACCCCCACGUUGGCCUCCGCCUUUACUCGCUUCUUCCCGGAAGCAAGUGAAUCUGUGACGGGUGUGGUUUCAGUCAAUGAAGGCAAGACGGUCGAGGCUGGGAAGGAUCGCACCACAUUUUUCGCCACGACGGCCUACGGAACAGUGAUCGAUGGACAGUACGCCCACCUCGUGGAAAGCACUUCCUCCCAGAAAGGAAAUGCAAAGACGGACGAUGCUGCCCAAUUCCAAAAAACUGGUCUUGUCCGAGUCAUCGAUGGCACGUUGGUGGAAGGUGACCACACUACUUUCUACACGUCCUCCAUCCUGGGAACUUUUGUGGAUGGGCAAUACGCACAAGUUAUCGAGUCCACGUCCCGAUUUAUCAUCAACCCCACAAAAACUGAGGAUGGUCUCGUCUCAAAAACCGUAUUUGUCGAUGUGGAAAGCUCCGUCACUGAAUCCAGCAGUAGCCAAAAUAAUGAUGAUGACGACGAGGCUGUGACUACAACAACGGAGAAGGACAAAUCUUCAUCGGAAGAGGUGACCACCAAAAAGUUGGGAAUUGUUCCACCCCGACCACGAUUCGGAUCUGGUAACAGGGCGUCUUCUUCUCGUCUCUCUUUUACCGGAAGUUCAAAAGUUGCUCCGACCAUCACUCCAUUCGCGAGCAGGAGUCGACCCUCCGGUUUUACACCGAGAAAACGAACCUCCACCCCGGUAAUUGUUGCCUCCAAGACGGAAGAUGCGUCAUCAUCGUCAUCUCCGUCAACUUCCGUUCUUAGCAGAGGUGGUUUCCAGGCGAAGAGACGUUUCCAAAAACCGGGCGGUGAUUCCAACAAUGUAAACGCGGAUGGAACAACGACACCAACGCCGGCCUUGCCAGCAUCCAGAUCGCGAGGAAACGGCCGCUUUACGAAACCCGUUGUGGGAGGAAAGUCGCGUUUUGACAAGUCAAAUUCCGCCGCCUCAGCAUCGUCAGCCUCAAUUUCUCCGUCCAGCGCGAGUGGGGGGACUGGUUCCAGUGGGGGCAGCUUUUCCAAGAGUAGGAGCACUUUUGCGCCACGAGGUUCCUCCGUUGCUGGAGGAGGGAGAAGUCGAACCUCCGUCCCGGGCGGAAUUAGGGCGACAUCUUCGCUAGGAGGAGUUCGUAGUGGGGCGAGUUCUAGUUCAAGAUUCGUUCCGGGUGGGAGAGGGCGGGCAUCGUCGUCAGCGAUUAAUCCAACUGCGACACAAACAUCCACCGUGACCCCAACCUUGUUGUCUUCACCGGCAGUGUCAGAGUAUACCGAUACUGAAUAUGAAUAUACUGAUGGCGGCUCCUCCUCCACAGUGUCGACGACAAGCUCGACGACAGAAUCGCCAAGAAGUAGAUAUGGCGGUGGUGGAAAUAGAUUCCGUCUUAGUAACAAACUCUCGACGCCAACGGCGACAGGAACCACGACAUCUCGCCCAACCACGAGAGGAAGUCCACUAAAUUUGAGACGAUUUUCAAAACCAACAAUCCCCACGAGAGGAACUACUACCCCGGCACCGGUCACAUCUUCCACCGCCGAGGGUGGAGACGACACCUCCAUUUCAAAACCGACGAACGACCAAGAGUACACUCUUGAAAAUGAGUAUGACGUCGAAUCUCCCUCCACAUCAACGACGACCACGACCAGUACGACGAAACCUAUCGGGGGACGAGCUCCAUUCGGAAGUAGGAAACCACUUACUGCCUCUUCCGCACCAAGACCAACUUCCCGACCUGCACCAGUACCAGCUAACCGCGGUCGUGCUGCUGCCACAACUUCCGCACCUGUCGCACAAACCACGACACGUCGAAUCUACACACCACGACCGAGACCAGCCGGAUCCCUAUUUCCCAAAGCGGUAGGACCCUUGGCGAGAACAACGACGACCGUUUCUCCCGCCCAUGCCGACGAGGAAUAUUAUGAAGAAGGCGAAUUUGAGUAUCAGGAGAGUAAAAAUUUACCCAAUCCUGACCAACUCGUCCUCAAUGCGGGUAGUAGUAAUGCAACGGUGACGACCCAACAAGUAGCAGCAGGCUCUGAGCUGUCACCAAUGAGAGUACAAGCACCACCAGACAUGGUUAGCGACAUUUUCGGCGUCCACCCGUCAUCUUCAGUCGGCUUACAAGAAGAAGACGACGCAGCAGCCUCUCUUCUGAGCAGGAGGAGGAAAAGGUCUCCAAAUUCCAGACUAUGAGUACGAGUACGUGUACGACACUGACGACCAACAACAACCUGCCCCACCAUCACCACCACGCACCACAGCUGCAUCACCACCACCACCACCACCACCCCGACAACUAUCUCCCUCCUCCCGAUUCAGGGGACGCAUCCAACCGACACCCGCAUCCACGACGGCAUCCCCCGCGAGACGUACACCUUUUACUUUGACGCAUAAUACAAACUCUGCUAAUAAUAAUAAUAAUAUUCGUACCCCAACCCGAUCACGAGGUCCGACUAGGGCAUCGGCACCAUCAUCCACGUCACGCCCCUUCAUCCCGUCACGACCUAGGUCAUCAUCCUCUCGAAAUUCUCGACCUUCGACAGACUCUCGUCUCACUACAACGACUAGUAGAACUUCUCGGUUUAGAAAUCGGUACAAUUCUCGCGACUCACUAACCACCCCUGCCCCUCCACUUUCUCGCUCCUCCUCAAAUUCCGCAAACUCCCGCUUUGGUUCCGCCUUAACUCGUUCGCGAGGAAGUUCCAGUAUUAAUUCGAACCCUGACCCUGUUUUUGAACCUUCCGCAACGAUCACGGUCACCCACUACGUCCCGGCAGAGACUUCGAUUCCAUUCGUGAACGGAAAGUCGACCGAGUAUAAGACGGUGGUCACUCAGUCUCCGUCCGUCCAAGUUUUGGCCCCGUAUCAAUACACACAGUCUGACUAUUUGGGAAAACCUGCCCUCGUAAUUAUUUCCGAGGAGACGUCCAUGCCAUCCUUCGGGGUGACGGAGGUGACCCGAUAUCUCAUCAGGGAGAGUCCCACGACGUCCGUGACCUUUACCCCGACUACGAUCAGGGGGAGGAAAACGUCCUUUUCGCAUAUCGUCCCCUCCACCGUGUAUUCAG